CUCUGGUUCCCACUGAACAUCAUCUUCUUCUUGAUUUUAUCGACGUCGACGAUGAUGAUGAUCACAGUAUCAGCAUCUCUUUGAAUCCUAAUCUCCUUCACCAUCUUCCUUCGGUGCAUCUAAUUUCAGCUACUCCGCCUGAAAACCAGGUACUUAACUUUGCCGCUUUAUUAUGGAUGAUGUAGAUCUGCUAAAAUCAGGACAUGUUUUGGUUCUUCCAUUACCAGUUCAAGGUCAUAUAAACCCAAUACUCCAAUUCUCUAAACGUUUAGUUUCCAAAGGAAUCAAAGUCACACUGUUCACCACCAUACUCGCCUCCAAAUCGGUGCAACCCGGUGUCAGCUCCAUCUCGGUUGAAACAUUUUCAGAAGGCGAGGGUUUUGAAAGUUCUUCUGGAGAUAAUUUUAUGAAGAAAAUCGAAAUUGCUGUUUGCAAAAACUUGCCGGAAUUUAUUAAGAAGCAAGAAAGAUUAGGGUGUCCUGUCAAAUGUGUUGUUUAUGAUUCUAUUAUGCCGUGGGCAUUGCCAUUAGCGAAAGAACUAGGAUUAAUUGGAGCUUCAUUUUAUACACAGUCUAGUGCUGUAAGUGCAAUUUAUUACCAAGUGAAUAAAGGAUUGAUUGGGAUGCCUGUAGAUGGACCGACUAUGUUGGUACCUGGAUUGCCGUUACUUGAACCGGAUGAGCUGCCGUCUUUCGUUCACAAACCGGAUGUGUACCCUGCAAUUCUUCCGUUAGUGUUGAGUCGGUUUUCGAAUGUUGAUGAAGCAGAUUGGUUGCUUUUUAACACCUAUGAUAAGCUGGAGGAGCAGGUGGUGAACUGGAUGGCAAAGCAAUCACAAACAAGAAUGAUCACAAUAGGACCAACAGUGCCGUCAUUUUACCUAGACAAGAGACUGGAGGAUAACGCAUACGGGCUUCAUCUCUUUACACCAGAUUCUGACACUUGCACGAAGUGGUUAGACACGAAAGAAGCCGCAUCAGUUGUCUACAUGUCUUUCGGGAGUUUGGCUAAUUUAGGAGAGGAACAAAUGGAGGAAAUAGCUUGGGGAAUUCGGAAUACUAACUACAAUUUCAUUUGGGUAGUUAGAGCUACUGAAGAAUCUAAACUCCCGAAAAACUUUGUGCAAGAGACUUCUGGUAAAGGUUUGGUGACAGGAUGGUGUCAACAACUGGAGGUGUUAGCACACAAAGCAGUCGGGUGUUUCGUAACACAUUGCGGAUGGAACUCCAUACUUGAGGCAUUAAGUUUAGGUGUGCCUAUGGUGGCAAUGCCACAGUGGACUGAUCAACCGACUAAUGCAAAAUUCGUUGAGGAUGUAUGGAAGGUUGGUGUUCGAGCCAAAACAGAUGAGAAGGGGAUGGUUACGAGAGACGAAUUAGAGGAAUCAAUAAAAUUAGUAAUGGAAGGAGAGAGGAGAGAAGAGAUAAAUAAGAAUGCUAUCAGACUGAAAGAGUUGGCUCUGGAGGCUGUCGAUGAAGGUGGAAGCUCUGACAAGAACAUCGAUGAAUUUGUAUCUAAAAUCUUAUGCACCUGAGUGUAAAACUUCUUAGUGCUUGUUAAUUUGUAUCUAAAAUCUUAUGUAACAAUAUUUUUACAGGGCUGCAUUGUAUUAAAUAAGACGAUCGCCCUUCUCUCUUGCUACCAAAGAGAGCUGUAGAAAUCUUUUACUACUAUAUUACAUUAUUGAAUAAUACUGUAAAAUUUACAAAUUUCUUUGCUGCGAA